UGUACACAAUGUUCUCACUUGUACAUUAGAUCUUACGUUUUGAUGAACAAAAUGUCCGUGAUGGGAAAAACAAGCACUUUAUUUAAAUGUGCUGUUUUUCCUAAGACGAGGACUCAUUCCAGUUUAUACAGGACACGCAGUCUUUGUUAUGCGCAUUUGUUAUUUCUGCUUUAGUUAUUUCUGCUUUAUAGCUGUACAGUGGCCGUAUCUAAUCCUUCUUCCAUACUCUUUGUCUGUUCUAUGCUAAUUACGUCCAAAACAAAGGCAAACUUUUUUUUUUCAAAAUAACAGACUUUAGAAGAUCGUCUAUUUCUUGUGCUUUCCCAUAUUUAACCCACAUAUCACAUUUUAUCAUUGUCAUGCACGUCGAAGUCAUCCUAAUGACUUUUUGGAUUCGUACUUCAGUAUUUGAGAGGGUACCUGUGGAAGAUGCUAACUCCCGGCUUCCUUCUGUUUAUUUAAUGUUUUUUCCUCCGUUACGGCUCGCGGUAAACGACCCCAUUUCAGCUCCACCCCCAAAGAUAUUAUUCCACAACGAACCACGCCUUAAACUCUGCCACCCCUCCCUUGGCCUGGAUGAGGGUGGGAUUAUGAGUUUGAAUGAGCACCCUGGUUGCGAAAACAGAGUUGCCAGUGUUAUAGCUGGAAAACUUAGGGAAAGAAUCGAAGAAAAAAGUUCUUGCAUUCUCGUCUCAGCUGACUUGAGAAGAUUUUUUUUUUUAACAGAAGGAGGUAGCAUUUCUUUCUUGUGCAUGGAAACUGUUAGUAAAAACAGACUGCAGAAUCUCCUCUGAAAUUUGCAUCUGCAAGCCUAAUGCUUUGGGGCUAUUAAAGAUAUUUCAUUCGUAUACAGCAAUCAUUUUUUUAGUAGUUGCAUUGCAUGUUCCUUAAAGCUACUGACUGGCUGAAACCCUGGGAUGAUGAGUAUCCUGGUACUGCUGAGAAUCCUGCGCUGGUGGUGGUGGGGCUUGAACGUGAACUCGGGCGGCUGCACCCUGCUCCUGGUAUUGAGUAAUUCUGGAGGGGCAGAUGCCAUUGUACCCUUGACCGACUUCUACCCUUUUGGGACUGAACAUGGGGACUCGACCACCCCCAAACAGGACGAUGGGGGUUCUGGACCUCUUGAAAUAUCCGUAAAGUUUCCUUUCUUUGGAGACAGGCAUUCCUCUCUUUAUGUAAACAACAAUGGCAUUCUCUCAUUCCUAAGAGAAGUCUCACAGUUCACACCAGUUGCUUUCCCGAUUGCUAAUGAUCGUCGGGUUGUAGCUGCAUUUUGGGCUGAUGUUGACAACAGAAGAGCUGGUGAGGUGUACUAUCGAGAAAGCAAAGACCCUAUCAUCCUGCAGAGAGCUACCGAGGAUAUUCACUCCUACUUCAAAGAGUUCAGCACAUUUAUUGCCCACUGGGUCUUCAUUGCUACAUGGUACCGAGUCACCUUCUUUGGUGGAAGCUCCUUUUCACCAGUGAACACUUUCCAGACUGUGAUGAUUGCAGAUGAAGAGUUUGCCUUCACCAUAUUUAACUAUGAGACCAUUACCUGGACAACAGGCAUGCAUGCAAGCAGUGGAGGAGAUUUUGCAGGGCUCGGUGGCAUUGCUGCACAGGCAGGCUUCAAUGCAGGUGAUGGGAAGCGUUACUUCAACAUUCCAGGUUCCCGUACUGAUGACAUUGUUGAUGUGGAGGAAACAACUAAUGUUGGCAUUCCAGGGCGUUGGGUAUUUCGGAUCGAUGAUGCCCAUGUUCAGGUUGGAAGCUGCAAUGACACAUUGAGUGUGUGCGCCAACCUGAGACCUUGCUUAAAUGGAGGACAGUGCAUUGAUGACUGUGUCACGGGGAACCCCUCCUAUACUUGCUCUUGUCUUGCUGGCUACACUGGGAGGAGGUGUCACAUAGAUGUUAAUGAGUGUGCCUCAUACCCGUGCCAGAAUGGAGGAUCAUGUAUUGAUGGAAGGAACAGUUUCACCUGCCUGUGUGCUCCUGGAUUUACCAACAUAACUUGUGAAACAGAUGUUAAUGAAUGUGCAUCAAACCCAUGCCAGAACAGGGGGAUCUGUGUGGAUGGAAGGAACAAUUUCAUCUGUCAGUGCCCCUCUGGAUUUACUGGACUACUAUGUGAAACAGAUAUCGAUGACUGCGCAAACAACCCCUGCAAAAAUGGAGGAACAUGUGAUGAUGGAAUUGAUGCCUAUUUCUGUAUGUGCACAGAUGGUUACACUGGGCAGCACUGCGAAGUGGAGCUGAAUGAAUGUGAUACCAGCCCUUGUCUUAAUGGUGGACACUGUGUCGAUCUCAUUAACAAUUAUACCUGCGUGUGCUCUGAAGACUUCACUGGUUUGCACUGUGAGACAGCUAUGUUGACUGAUCCCUGUCUUUCAAGCCCAUGUCAGAAUGGAGGAACUUGCCAAGACACUGAAGAAGGCUAUAUCUGUGACUGUCCAGAGCAGUAUACUGGAAGAGAAUGUGAAACUGAGUUGUCUGAGAGCUGUCUUUGUCACAAUGGAGGAUUCUGUACUGAGGGCAACAAUACAUGCGACUGUCUGCCUGGCUUUUUUGGAGAACAUUGUGAACUUGAGAUCACCACAUUGCCCUGCAGCAGUAACCAGGCCUGUCCAAAUGGAGGACCUUGCAUGGAGCAUGAUGGAAUGUACCUUUGCAUGUGCUUGAAAGAAGACCUCAUAAUGGGCAGCAUCAAUGACUCCUUCCCCUCACUCUGUGACCCAGAUCCCUGUGUGAAUGGCGGUUCCUGUGUGGAACAGGAUGACAUCUACAUCUGUGAAUGCCCUACAGGAUUUUAUGGCAAGUACUGUGAAAAAGUAAGACUGCGUCCAUGUAUGUCCAGCCCAUGUCGAAAUGGUGGAUCUUGUAAGGAGAUAGAUGGAGGAUACCAGUGCCUGUGCCCUUUUCGCUUCACUGGAAAGCAUUGUGAAAUAGGAAAGCCAGAUCCUUGUUCUUCUAGCCCCUGCCGAAAUGGUGGCACGUGUUUCCAUUACAUUGGCAAAUAUAAGUGUGAGUGCCCAGCUGACUACACUGGAAGACAUUGUGAAUUGGCUGCGUCUCCUUGCCUGUCCAGUCCUUGUAAGAAUGGUGGUACGUGCGCAGAAGAACAUGGAGGAUACGUCUGCACAUGCCUUGCCAGUUUCACAGGGAAGCACUGUGAAGAGGAUAUUCACUGUGGAGAUCCAGAGGAUCUAAAACACGCCCAGGUGUUCUACCAUUCCACAAGGCUUGGUGCCACAGCAGUAUAUGUCUGUAACCCUGGUUAUUACCUAGAUCCAGAAAAGGGGCAAAGAAUCUGCCAGAGCAAUGGACAAUGGAGUGAUCCCCCUGUGUGUGAAGAAAAUGAUGAAUGCUUGUCUGAGCCAUGCCUAAAUGGAGGAAACUGUCAUGACCGCGUUGCAUCCUUCGUGUGCACAUGUGAAAGUGGUUACAUUGGACCAUACUGCGAAAUUGAACUGAAUGAGUGUUUGUCUGAUCCAUGUAAGAAUGGUGGAACAUGUGAGGAUUCUCCUGGAGCUUACACCUGCCUCUGUCCUGUUGCAUUCACCGGCCUCCAGUGUGAAACAGAAUUUGAUAUCUGUGAGCUGGAGCCCUGUCAGAAUGAAGGAGAAUGCCAGAGUUAUGAAGACUCAUAUCUGUGUCUCUGUCCAGAGGGCUUCAUUGGUUACAACUGUGAAUCAGUGAUCGAUCCGUGUUUCUUGAACCCAUGUGGAAUGCGGGGUUACUGUCGGUCUGAAAAUGGGUCCUACAGCUGCACUUGCAAAAUGGGCUACACUGGGAUAAACUGUGAAAAAGAGCUUCUUCCCCCAGUGUCUUUGACAGCAGAGCAAGUGGACACAACAGAAAUGAAGAUAUCUUGGCUUUUGCCAAAAGAGCAGGAUGGUGAACAACUGAUUAAUGGUUUUGCUGUGACAUAUGUGUCUACUGAUGGAAAUUUCCCCAAGACAGACUUUGUCGAAAAAGGUCAUUCAUCUCACAUUCUGCGCUCACUUGCAGCAGGAAGAGCAUACAACAUUUCAGUGUACUCUGUUAAACGUAAUGUCUACAACAGAAAUGACAUCAGUCAUCCCAGCAUCCUUCUGCUCCGAACAAGGCCUCCUCCGGUAGAAAAUCUUCAUGUCUUAAAUGUGACUUCUUCAAGCAUUGCAGUAAAAUGGGCCCUUCACAAACUGAAGCAUUCGACAGUUUCCAAAGUUCGGGCUUCAAUAAAUUCCACACAUCUGUUGGAGAACAUUUCAGUCUACCUGGAUCCUAACACUACCAAGCACACCUUCCAUGACCUCCUGCCUGGGCAGAGAUACUUCAUUAGCAUUGUGACUCGGAGUGGUACCCUGGUGGAUGAACAUGCCUCAGAAAGUUUACCCAGUGGGCCCCUCCCUGUGUGGACUCGGCCUCUUCCCCCUCAAAACUUCAACAUCACGACUGUAACCUCCACCACUGCCCAGGUCUCAUGGAAGCCCACCUCAUUUGGCAUCACUAAUGGUUACAUCCUAAAUAUCACCAAUAACCAGAAUACAAAGAGUCGGUACAUACCAGAUGGCAGUCUGCAUUCCUACACUAUACAGGAUCUGGUUUCAGGACAGAAGUAUCUCCUCUCACUAUCCACGGUUCUCAGUACUGAAUAUGGCCAAGUGCCUAGUAGCCCUGUUCACCUAUUUAUAACAACUGCAUCAAACAGAAAUAAAAGCCAAGAGAAGAUAGGUAAUCGAAAUGGAAGUAACAAAUUCUCAAGUAAUCACAUUUCUUCACCCAUGCUGCAAGAACCACGACUGGGAAGUGAGCAGGAAAGUUCUGAGGAUCCUUUUCAACCUCCAAGGUACACAGAACUAGUUGAUGGCAGAGGAAGGAUCAGUGCGAGAUUUGGGAGUUCUACAAACAAGGCCAUCACCCACAAAACACAACCAGAAACAGAAGCUCCUGUGAAACUGGAAAACUUAGAAGAAUCAACGAAUAAGAUCAGUAUGGCACUGGAAAUCAAGGAGUCCAAAAGUACAAGCAAAACAGAUGACCAGACAAAUUGCUCCUUGAACCCCUGCCGAAAUGGUGGUACCUGUGUUAAUGAAGCUGACUCCUAUAUCUGUGAUUGUCGCACAGGUUUCAAGGGGCGAAAUUGUGAAUUAUAUUGUAAGAAACUGCCUCAGCCCUGCACUCGACUUUAUUCAGAAACAAAGACCAUUCCUGUCUGGAAAGGAGUAGCCAACAAUUACUUGUAUAGGACAACUUACAAAGUCUUUCAUGAUGUCUGCUACAAGGAAAUUUGUGAGCCUCAUAUACCAAAAAUAAAAAGGAGAAAACCACAUAGCAAGAUCUCAGGGGGCUUGUGACAAAACAGUAUAUAUGGAGAAGACAAAGACACUGAAUAUUAUUCACCAAAAGCUUGUUACAGAAUGGAGAAAGGAGAUAGUUAAGCAGUUUAUUAUUUCUCUUGUGUGUGUCUCCACUCCAUAACUGGUGUUAUUGCGCACACCAUCGUCACCUGGACACUUGCAGAGCUCCCCUCCCAAGCAACAAAAAGGAUGUCCUUCAGAAUGAGCCAGUUUAAUAUUAUUUGACCCUCUCAGAAGGGGUGUGUCUCUGUAACUAAGAGAGCGGCAUCAGAGCACCAGUAAGGGAUUUGUUUUAUCUGUGACUAUAAAUGCGCGCAUAUUUCAGCAGCUUUGCUCGUAUGUGUGUGUGUGUUUAUGUGCAUGUGCAUGUAGGGAUGUAUAUGUACAUAUGAAAUAUGCAGAAGUUUGUUUUAAGUAAGUGUCUUGCUAAUUUUUUGUAAUACACUUCUGAUGUGUGAGUGUGGGGUUACUUCAUGAGUGUAUGAAAUGAGGUGGGUUUACCAUUAAACACUUGGACUGUGAAAUGUACAGUUCAUCAUCUUUUAUAUCACAGUGCCUUUAUGAUAUGGAUAGAUAAAAAUCCAAAUGAUCUGUAUUGCAGGACCUUGGUUAGGCUCUCAACAUGACAGUCUUAAAGUUUCCCUGAAGAAAAGAAUGUAACUCUCAGUGGACUCACACAGUUCAACCAUAACAUAUACAAACACAAACUGCCCAAAAUGUACUGCACCUGCUUUGAAAAGAGCUGAUUAUAAUGGCUUGUUAUAUGCUCUCAGACACACACACACACACACACACACACACACACACACACACACACACUUGUUUUCUGCAUAGCUUUUUUUUUUCUAAUUCAGCUUAUGCUGCCCCAAAAGGAGAUGAUCUCUCAGAAACUCUGAAAAAACUGUCCUGCCGCUCUUCCCUCUGAAACCAUUUAACUGGUGAGUUUUCUCCUUUAAAGAAUCAGAAAAGACAUAAGUCAAUAUCUGAUUGAGAAUAUUUGGUAAUAGAGUAAGCUACCCUGAUGUAAUUCUCAAGGACUACAAAAAAAUGAACAAUAAAUAAUGUGUUUUCUGAUCAACACAUGACAUCCUAAUAACUCAACAAUGUCAGGGGAUUUUAUUCUGAGACUGCAGAAAGGCAACCCAGUACAUGCAUUCAGCUUUGAGUAUCUAGCAUAUAUUUUUGAGGGGGAGGCUGGUGCCAACCAUGCUGUCUGUUAUGAUUUAAUCUCAUUCAGUAAAUGUGAUUUUACAGUAGAAAUAAACAUGGCAAGUGAAGAGCGGGGCUACUUUCCUUCUGAGGGGGUGGGAUCUAGACCUCUGCUUAACUGGCUCCUUGAGGAGGACAUAAACUGUCAGGAGCAUUAGAGGGAAGACAGAGAAAUGGUGGUGACAAUACUAAAAUGUCUCUGGACGUUGCACCUCACAGGGAUAAAACUGGAAACUACUUUAACCAUUCAGGGCAAUGCCUACUACUCUAAUAUAUAAUUUAUUGCUGUCUACAGUUCACCCUUUAGCCCCAUUAGGACAUCACAAGGCUCAGCCUCCAUUCAAAUGUUCCUGUUAAAUGGAAAUUAUCUGCAGAGAACACUGGACCAAUGUAUCUAACAGGGCAGAUAGCUGGGAAUAAUCACUGGGAAAAGGGUUGAAGGGGAAUUAAUCUUCCUGUUCCCUGUAUUGCCUUCUCUUGUCUUCUGGUCUGAUUAAUUAUGUGGACGGUGGCACACAGAAAAAAGAAUCCCAUUUAAAUUCAGUUUCUGCAGUUCGGGCCCAGAUAAAGGAGAAAUUCUGAAGCAGAGUUCUUCUUGUGGACCAUUUGUAACAAUGAGCCUUCUGUUAUCCUAAGUUUUACUUAAUUAAUAAAAAACUGAAAAACAGUCUUCAUAACAACUCUGCUUGGCACAGCUAUAUCAAAGAGAUACAUUCUGCAAGCUAAAGACAAUAUUACAAAUUGUUGGUAUACUGAAACUUGGCAUGAGCUCAAAAUGGUAUUAAACACACUGUAUGUGUCUCAGCUCUACUUGAGUAAGUUUUUCCAUAAUCCCUACACUCAACUACUAACCCCUCCUUUAAGUUUACUCAAUUUUCUAAUUCUUCUUUCAUGUAAUUAUUUACUUUAUUUUUAUAGAAAAUAACUACAUUACACUAAUAAAAUAUUUUGCAGGUUAUGAAUUAUUCUGCAUCUUAUAAUUCUAUAAGUCUCUUUGUUCUUUUUUUAGUGGCACUGACAAACAGCAAAUAGCUGGGGCUGUAUUUUAUUAAAUGUGUUAUUAUCAGCUUACAUAGUUAUGUAAGUGAAGUGAAUUUUGUUAACAUUGUAAUAAAUUACAGGGUUAACACACAACUUCCAGCAAUCCUUUUAAUAUACUGAAUACACUGAUUAUGCACCAAAAUGGAGGAAAAAAUAGCCUUGUUUUAGUGAAGUUCAUGAAAUGCAACAUCAUUAGCAAGUCUCACAUUGUCAAAUAGAUCACAGCCACCACAGAACUGCAUUGGAAACUUUCUGACAACUUUAAAAGUCAUAACACAUUAUGUGCCACCACACAUCAAAAUAUAAAAAAUUAAAAAUGAAAGUGUGGCAAACCAAAUUGUCAAACAGUUUUUAAAGCUGUUGGUUGGCUAGAGAUGUACUUUACUUUCUGGCCAGCAUUUGUGUGGCAGUAUGAAAUAUGUUACAACUUUUAAAGCUUUUAGGCACUUCCGGGGAAUCUAUGCUUCUUUAGUUUAACUAGCAUUACACUGGGGCAGCUAGAAUUCUCUCUGUGUUACAAAGAAUUAGGUUCAGACCUCUAACCAUAACUUUAGCUUGUUAUAUACUCUCAAAUUGGAUUCAAAAUGUUAAUUUCUUGAACUUUAUCUUAAAGUGAAUUUUCUAGCAUCCCUAACAAACUGAUUAUAAUCAACAACUUGAUCAUAAUCUUCUGUAUAAUACAUGGUUGGUGCGUGUUAAAGCACAAAGCUGAACAUAUCACAGACAUGUCCUUCUGUUCUGCAUACAUCACAAAGUUUAUGUGGUACGGCCUAUGAAGGCAGCACAACACAGCACUGCACUUUAAAUGCAUAAAGCAUUUGCCAGACCUCACAGCAGCUUGAGAAGAAAUAAUGCCAACAGAUGCAAGCAGCACUAAAAUGUGACGCCUCGAAUUCAAAUUGAAUUUUAGAAACUGCUAAAUAAAACAUUUUACAGAUAAUAUACAUGAAAUGAAAAGGAAAGCAGAAAUGUAAACAAAAUUAGCCUCUGUAACAAAAAUAUGGUUUAGUUCUUCACUUCUUCCCCAAAUUGAAAAAAUGCAUGAGCUAGGAAAAUUUGUGUAGUGAAAGAGUAAUACUUGGUAUGAUAAUGCACAGAAAAAAUAUUUCAAGAUUGUAAUUACUCCUGUAUAUCACUUAAACUGUAAUUUAUUCAUAAACAUUGUAUACACUAGCUAUUAUCAGCUUAUAUAUUUUCCAGUAGGUUUUCAAGGAAUAAAAGACAAGUCUAAGCCACAUGAA